UAAAACUUCAAUAUGUUAUAUGUUAUUUGACUAGUUUUCUGUUUUGACUUCAAGGGAAGAUUAUCAACCCGAAGAGGUAUCCAGCAAACAAUGUACUUUUAUGACUUAUACAACCAUUCGUCCCCUGUCAUCUUGGAGAAGUAUUGACUGUGACCAGCCAUUAUCUGCAUUUGUAGUGUGCGAAAAAUAUUAUAAAAGUGAAAAUGAAGCAGAAAUUUAUGGUGAAUAUGAUGUCAAGCUAAAUGAGACGAAAGACAAUUCUUCCGGCUUUAUUUCGAUAACAACAGGCUGCAUUUGCCACGCCGAGGAGAUAUAUGUAGCAUGGUUUUAUAAAGUGGGCGCCGAGAACUAUCCUUUCAGAAGUUUGGCUCAACAAGGAUACUUUAGAACAUACACAGAAUGUCACCUUGACUGCCGUGGACUUCAAGCUGCCGUGUUGUCCACGGGUUUUUAUUACACAGAGUUAGCUGAUGGCAUACCAGUAUACCUUUACGUUAACUUAAGUAACAGCUUCUACCAAAGCAGCAUAAAAGCUAUAGUUUCGAAUAGAGUGUAUAAAAUAAAAGAUGAAAUUCAACAGCAAUUUACGUUAAACACUUAUUCUACGUGGAGUUGUGGGAAUGGUGAAUAUGUAUCAAUAUUGGCCAGAUGUAAUGGAUAUGUCGAAUGUUCAAAUCUGCAAGACGAACUUGAUUGUGAAAGCGAUUGCACCAAUGACCAUUUUCAAUGCACUGAUGGAAGGUGUAUACAUGUGUCACAGUUAUGUGAUUUUACCACCGACUGUUUAGAUGGCGCAGACGAGUACUGCGAUGAAGGAGUUUGUUCCAGUGAGACAUCAUUCCGAUGCCCAGAAGGACGCUGCUUACCUUUGGCAAAGAGAUGUGAUGGAUAUAAAGACUGUUUAGACGGGUCGGAUGAGAUAUUGUGUCAAAGUUGCAAUUCAACGAAAGCCUUUCAGUGUCGUGAUAAGACAUGUAUAUUACACCGUCUCAAAUGUGAUAAACACAAAGACUGUAAGGACGGUUCUGAUGAGGAAAUGUGUACUGAUACACCGUUUAAAUCGUGUGAUGACGUUUGGGCGGAAGGUCAUACUGAAUCCGGAUUGUAUAUCAUCGAUGAAAUGGAGGUAAAAUGCGAGUUUGACAAAAACUUUACAAACAUGACGUUUCUCCAUCCGGACUGGGAAUGCUUCGAGACAACGCCUCAUUUCGAAAAACUUAAAAUACAUCCAGUUGAUUCUGUUAAACAUGCUGCAAGAGAAGGUUAUGAUUGUUCACUGAAGAUUUCCCGAGUGCUUAAAAGAUCAGAAAGGGUGGCAGAUUUAUCUGAUGGUGCAAUGACAUCGGCAACAUAUAGAUCAACGUUCAAUCAAUUCGAAUUCAAUGUUAACAAUGCAACUCUUGACAAAUCAGGGUUAGUAGAUUUUACAAAUACUUUACUACAGUAUUCUUUGCGACCAAGCCCUCCUGUAUUCUGUGAUGCAGCUGCCGAAUCAACACAACAUGAUCAUGUAUGUAUUUACACGACAGACGAUUCAUGGAAAAGUGGAGCGUGCAGAUCAAUGAAACAUCUUUCUAAUUGUGAAUCGUUUGUCUGUGGACCUGGAUUGUUUAAAUGUCCAGAGAGUUAUUGUAUCCCGCAAAAGUUUGUAUGUGAUGGUAUAAAACAUUGUAAUGGAAACGAAGAUGAAUCACAAUGUCAAUUGUGUAAUUCGAUUAAAAGUACACGAAUCAUUGCUGGAAUUGAUUACAAUGAUAUCAUGGGAGGUAUGGAGAUGUUUUCACUACACAAUAUUGCAAAGCUAUGGAAUAGCAAGUUAGUGUUGUUUCAAAAGUUACCAAAAAAGAAUGGGGACAAUGAACAGGAAAUUGAUGCAUACUUGUAUGAUACUAUCCUUACCCGGUCAAGAGUGAACUGUACUAAACAUGAAGAUUCCUGCAUCAAAAAUAUACUGGUAGCUUUAAACGCGACAAAUCUGUAUCGAGAGCUUAUUUGGGUGGAGACUCGAUCCUUGCCCUUGAAGGACACACCUUUUCCAGACUUGUUCAGUUCAUUCAACCGUUCGUGGAAAAUUGUCAUUGACCCAACAGAACAAUAUCCGAUGAAAAUUAAUCACGGCAGCAUUUCAGAAAUACGAGUGCAAAGCAUGGGAUUAUUACGAACAAUUGGGCCAGACAUACUAUUCGAAAAUUGUACUGGUAAUUUAAUAUUAUUCUUUGCUUUAAAGAAAUGUCUGUGUAUUCCUUUAUGGUUAAUUCAAUUGUCCUUAUUACAGGUAACUUGUAUAUAAAAUUGUAAAACAUUUCAUUGGCAUAUAACAUUUGAUAUUUGUUAGGCUCUUUAAGUUUUGAUCGUAUGUGGCUGUUUCAAGGAUUUGGUAACAAAAGCAUGUU